GUAAAUCCAGAGCCUGCAGUGCCUGAUCGCGCUAACCCAAAAGAUCCAUAUAAGAGGCAAUAUCAACUCCCGCUUCUCCAAAGAGGGACAAAAGGACCGAACUGCAAGGGCAGUGAGGUGUGCGUGUGUGUGUGUGUUUGUGUGGGGAGGGGGGGAAAAAUCUCUAAAAAACCUGCACCGGACAAGUGAGCAAGGGUCAUUCAGGCAUUAAAAAAAUACAAAAAAAAAUCACCUUCAGCAGAACAGCAGCUGGAAAGCAGGAGAGGAGAGGGAAGAGGGGCUGGUCAGCAGAAAGGAGCAGAGAAAAGUGACUGGAAUGAUAAGAUGAGAAGCAGGCAUGUGCUCCUGAAGCUUUCUCCUAAUGAGGCCAUUCUGGGACUGCUGCUUGUAUUGUUGCUGGGAUUGCAAGUCCUAGCCGUGUGUCCCUCCAUGUGUUCCUGCAGCCGCAGCCACAGGGAGGUAGACUGCUCCUGGAGAGGUCUGAGACAGCUGCCCGACGGUUUGCAGCACAACAUGCGCUCCCUCAACUUGUCCCACAAUCGAUUUCAUGACCUGGAUGGCCAGCUCACGGCGUACACCCACCUCCGCCUCCUCGAUUUGUCUCACAACCGGCUGAGCCACCUGCCCGCCGGCUUGCCUCGCUCCCUCUGGCAGCUCCACGCCGCCUCCAACCGCCUCCAGUUGCUGGACAAGAACGAUACGGUCUACCAGUGGAAUCUGCGAACGCUUGACCUCUCCAACAACAAGCUGGAGCGGGUGAUCUUCAUCAACAAUACGCUGACCAAUUUGUGCAUCCUCAACCUAAGUCACAAUCACUUCUGGACCUUGCCCACCAACAUGCCCAUGCACCUAGAGGCUAUUGACCUGUCCCACAACUUGCUUGUGAAGGUACUGCCAGGCUCUCUGGACCGGCUACCCAGAUUAACUCACUUCUACCUGCAUGCUAACCGCUUUUCCACCCUGCCCUUUGGAGUCUUUGACAAGAUGACAUCUCUUAGAGUCAUCACUCUGGAUGACAACCCUUGGGCCUGUCACCUUUACGCUGACAUCAGCUACUUAGUGUCCUGGACUCAGCAAACCCCUGCCCGUGUCCUGGGAUGCCCCUGCCAUACCCAGCCAGUCUGCGGAGGGGUGCGCCCCAACAGGACCGGAGGGUGGCACUUCGCCUCCUACAACCUGCCCCCCCUGGCUGCGAGUGCCCAGGACCUGAGCCCUGUGCCCCCUGGGGCCAGUGUCACUGGGUGGUGGUACCUGUCCGUUUCUGCUCUGUUAAGCACCCCACACACACCGAAGCAGACUCUGCACACGCAGCAGCACCCCUUCACAGCCACACCCAUCUCCACCAUGCCACCCAGAAGCACAGAUCCACUCCUGACUGUUAAUCACCUCUCUGAGUUUGCAAGCCCAGCUGCUGCUGAUCACAUGCCCCACUCUGAUCGUCAUCUCAUUCCUGGCAUGAAGGAAGACUCACCCACUGAUUCACCCCUCACCACAGACACUUCCCCUUUUCCUGACAUAAGCAUUGUCGCCAAAACGCCCGCCGGGGCUGAUGUGACGCUGGCCACAGACCGGUUCUUCACAACGGAGGGCCCCUCCAUCCAAACAAAGAAAACGACCACGCUUCGCACCAGGAGUGUGAGGAGGCAGAAUCAGUCCCACUCCAGGGGCAUCAGCAACAGCAGCCCGACUCUUGUUAUCUGCUCCUCACUGCCUUUCCUCCACAACCUGGGGCUUCUGUCUUUCAUUCUGCCACAUAUCCUCUGAGAGAGAGAUGUGGGGGGGGGGGCUCAGUGUUAAGUUGGCGUAUCGAUUUGCAGCACAUACACAACACUUUUGUUGUAGAACUGUUAUGUUUGUAUAUUAUCAACCCUCCCUAGCAAAAAAGACCAUUUGCAAUAGAAAUUACAGGCUCUAGGAUAAAUUUCAUAACUCCUGCUAUGCUGAGUAUGAGAUGAUGCUACUUUUCAAAAAAUAAUGCUUUAACUUUUCUAAUAAAUGCUUUUUACAGGCCUCCCCUCAGAUGCCACUGAUUUAAAAAAAAAAAAAAAAAACAUUGUAAUACAUAUAGCUAGGCACAUGAUGGCACUAUACAUUCAGGGACCAGUUCUUUAUGUAACUGAGUGUGGUUUGGUGUUCAUCCGCCACCACAGUCUGUUAACUUCAAUGUUGACUGAGUUGCUUCCUGGUGCAUCUUAUAGCCCAAGAAUUAUCUUGUAUCUUUAAUUUAAAUUUUUCCUAUUUUUCUACAGCUGUUGGCAGAAUUUAACUGGUGUUUUCUCAGUCAUUCACAAAUGCCAGUUUUCUAAUUUACUCCUCUUGACUCCUCUGCCUAUUUUUAUUAUUUUUUUUUUUUUACCACAUGUCCUUGAUGCCUGCCUCGCUUGUUUCAUGUAACAAAUCAUAUCACUCACAAGAGGAGCAGCCUUUUCUGGGGACAUUGUGAUGCAAGAAAGUAGUCAUGACAUGCACAUAAUGGAAAACAGCACAGACUCCGUGGAGCAGAGGGCAAACAAACGGACAAUGUUGUGUCACUAUCUUCGGCAAACUCUGGGUGCCAGGGUGCUGCUUGUGUAUUUUGAUCACAUCUCAGACUUAAGUGUCCUUCAUGAUUCAGUGACGCUCGUGAAAAUUAUCUGCAUGGUGAUUGAACGUCCCAGGAAUGCUAACCUGCUGGUAUAGUGCUGCAGAGCUUUAAAGCGCAGACAUUUUCAGGUUAUUUAUGUGAAAUGUUAAGAUAUUCAAAUCUUGAUUGCAUUAAGCGGAAAUGGCGGCGAUGUGCCUGCAGCCUACAGAUUUAACUUUUCUGUAAUCCAUUCACAUUAGGUGUCAAAAUAGUGAGAGAUGCAUUGCAGCAAGCUGCAUUUGAUAAGCUGAAGAAGAAGACAGAGUCACUUUACUUUUGGAUACCUCUCUGAGAUGAUUUCUGUAAAGUUAAAUAAAAUGUGCUGAGUUAUUUGCA